GAAAAUGGCAGUUAAUGUGUAUUCUACUUCAGUGACUAGCGAUAACUUGAGUCGACAUGACAUGCUCGCGUGGAUCAAUGAGUCUCUGCAGCUGACGCUGACAAAGAUUGAACAGCUAUGCUCAGGUGCUGCAUACUGUCAGUUUAUGGACAUGCUCUUCCCAGGUUCUGUAGCGCUCAAGAAAGUGAAGUUUCAAGCAAAAUUGGAACAUGAGUACAUUCAAAACUUCAAAGUCCUACAAGCAGGUUUUAAACGAAUGGGUGUUGACAAAAUAAUUCCUGUGGACAAACUAGUGAAAGGAAAAUUUCAGGACAACUUUGAAUUUGUUCAAUGGUUCAAAAAAUUUUUUGAUGCAAACUAUGAUGGGAAGGAGUAUGAUCCUGUUGCUGCCCGACAAGGCCAAGAGACAGUAGCACCAAACCUUGUUGCUCCAGUUGUGAACAAACCCAAGAAAUCUCUCAGUUCUAGCAGUGCAGCCCCACAGAGGCCCAUUGUUACACAGCGGACCGCAGCAACUCCGAAAGCUGGUACUGGAAUGGUCAAAAAGGCUGCAGGAGACGAUGAAUCAGCAGGAUUGAUUGAGCAGAUCAAUGUAUUGAAACUUACUGUUGAAGAUCUGGAGAAAGAGAGAGACUUCUACUUUGGCAAAUUGAGAAACAUUGAAUUGAUCUGCCAGGAGAAUGAAGGGGAGAAUGAUCCAGUGUUGCAGAGGAUUGUGGAAAUUCUUUAUGCCACAGAUGAAGGCUUUGUGAUACCUGACGAAGGAGCACCGCAGGAGGAACAAGAAGAGUAUUAACAGACCACAUACUGUACCAGCAGAGCAGCAACAUCAGAAUUCUUUGCCCCAGAUCAUGUGCUUAACUGUAAAAUACUCCACUUUAUUCUUAGAGGACUCACUGGUUUCUUUUCAUAAGCAAAAAAAGUACCUCUUCUUAAAGUGCACUUUGCGGAAGUUUCACUUUUUACAGUGGGUUUGAGUUAGGAGCUCUUUCUCACUUUGUAGCAGAGCAGUAUUCACAUCUAGGUGGUAUAUUUAGGGAGCAAGAGGCUGAAUAUUUGGAACUUGUUGCAGAAUGGUUUGCUGGUAAAACACUGGUUUGUGGGAAGACUCUUUUUGUAUCUAAGGUGGUGUGUAGUAGAGAAAUUAAAGACUCUGACUCACAGAAAGAUUGAGUUAAUGUGAAAUUGCAGCACAGAAAUUAUAAUAAAAUGCCUUAAGAGUAUUUAAAAUACGCUUCCAUAUGCCAAAUUGAAGUAAUGUGACAGGAGAUUUUAUGUGCUUCAUAUUGGGGUAGACGCUUGUUUAACUCCAUUCACUGCUGUCUGAGAGGCCUUGCAUGGCAAUCUCACUUUGUCAGCAAGUGCUCAAAAGGGGCUAUUAAAACAAAACGCCAUUCCUAUGUAAAGCUGCUUACUAAGUGAUUAGUUCUCGAUGAAAUAGGCCUUAACGUUGCCUGUCACAAGAUUAGAGGGAGUAUGAACAGCUGAGACACAUAAAUUACCUUGAAGAGUGCUAAAGGCUUUUUCUAUGACAUUGUGGCUAAUGACUUUGCCAAAAUGUACUGUGUUUUCUGUAAGAAAAACAAAAACCAAACAACAACAAAAAAAACCCACAAAGGGCAUCCAGUCUUACUGCCUAAAAUGUUCUUCAGAAGUAAUUUUCCUUCCUGGCUCUUGUUUCUGGUUGUCCUGUUCCUCUUUAUUUUUGUUGGUAUACUUUUUGGUUUCUCACUUGUUCUUUUCUCUUGCAAAUCCCAAGGAAUGCUGAUCAAAUCCAAUAGUUGUAACAGGACUUGCACUGUGCAACUAUCUUAGAAUGAAAAUGAAUUGAGCACAUGAGGAUGAUGAUUUUUCUGUCUAUUUUCUUUCUUUUUUUUUUAAUCUUUCAAACCAGGGCAUGUCUAAUAAUAAUACUUGCCAGUUCAGUAGUCUUCUGGGGUAAAAACUAAAAGAUGCUGGCUAACAGAGCUAAUGUUAUUGCAGAAAAUACAGUACUGAGACUAACUUAAAUAUUAAUAUUUAAAGUACUUUCCUUAACUGUCCUUUUUUUGCUAUCAUACCCCUCAUUCCUGUUGUGUUUGGCAAGAUCCUGCAAGACUUCUGAUCCCCCUUCACUACUGAGAUUGAUCAGUCCUGUUGUGCUUGUAUUCAUUUGUUUCUGGUGGUAGCUUGUCCUAAAAUGUGUGUAGGAGAGCAUUUUAUGGUAAUUGUUGUGUAGUGCAUGAAUCUUUGUGAAAUUCAGAGAAAAACCCAAAUUCAGUGAAUGCCAAAAAUGCAAGUAUCUAGCCAUUGUUUAAAAUUGCAGUGGUGCUAUUUCUCUUGUGGCCUUUUAGACUUUUGUUGCCCUAAAACUCCAUUUUACUGAGAAACCAUAUUUGACUUGGAUUUUUCUUGACAGGGUUUUUCUAUUUUGAGCAGUUUCUAAAUAAAGUUCUGUAUUUCAAGAG